AUGAAAUUGAUUACUAAGACCAUUGCUAACAGAUUGAAGAGUAUUCACCUUGAGCUGAUUGAUGAAGAACAAAGCGCCUUUGUCCAUGGUAGACAAAUAACGGAUAAUGCUCUUAUUGCUAUGAAGUGUUUUCAUUGGUUGAAGAAGAAAAAUAAAGGAAAGAAAGGAGUUAUGGCGCUCAAGCUUGAUAUGUCAAAAUCGAAUGAUUGGUUGGAGUGGUCUUUCAUGGUAGGGGUUCUCGAAGCUAUGGGUUUCCCUAACUCCUUGGUGGAGUUAAUUAGGAGUUGUAUCUCUACAGUGUCCUAUCAAAUUCUCCUUAAUGGCCAGCCUGAUGAUUGCCUACUUUUUUGUAGAGCUAGUACAGUUGAGGCGGAUGGAAUGAUGGAUAUCCUCUAUAGGUACCAAGUUUCUUCCGGUCAGAUGGUGAAUAUGGAGAAGUCUGAGGUAUCCUUUAGUCGAAACGAUCCUGAUCAUUGCAAAGAUUUGAUCUGUAAUAGGAUGAGAGUAAAGACGGUGGAAAAUCAUUCCAAGUACCUUGGGCUUCCUGUGAUGUUUGGAAGAUCCAGAAAAGAUGUUAUCUCCUUUGUCAUGGAUCAAGUUUGGAAGAAAAUGAAGGACUGGAAGGAGAAGUUCCUUUCAAAAGUAGACAAAGAAGGUUCAAAGAAUGGAGAAAGGAAAAUCCACUGGGUCAGUUGGGAUAAUUUGUCAAGAGCCAAAGGUGUUAGAGGUUUGGGUUUCCGUGGAAUUAGCAACUUCAAUGUUAGCCUCCUUGGAAAACAGUUUUUGAGAUUGCAGACGGAUAUUAUCUCUGCAUGUUCUAAAUGGAGUAUUGGCAAUGGGGAGAGUGUCAAAAUUUGGGGAGAUAAUUGGCUUCCUGGUAGUUCUUGUUCUAGAGUUUUGAGCAGUGCGAGGGUGUUAAAUAAAGAGGAAUUUGUGAGCAGCCUAUUUGAUAAAGAUCUUUUAUGUUGGAAGAGAGAUCUUGUGGAAACCUGUCUGGUCCCCUUUGAUGCGCCCAAAUUCCUUAGCAUCCUGCUAUCGAUGCGUAACCCUACUAACAAAUUUAUCUGGUCUGGUGAAAGUAACAACAACUAUUCUGUGAGGUCGACGUACAAACUGCUUGCCGCCAAACGUCAUGAUUCUGUUGCAGGUUCGUCUUCCCCUCCUCACCAAAAUUUAUGGAAACUUGUGUAG